AUGAACCCUGCAGACGGUGCCGUCAUCUUCUGGAAGGAAAGGGUGAGGCGCGCCUCUCGUCACAUCGUCCACACUGAGUCUGACGACGAAGAACAGAAGCCAACAGUCUCUGCCGAUGGUUCUCAAGCAGGCUCUAACGACGACCAGGCGGUGCACGUCAACGCGAAACCAGAGCUGGGGCCAGACAUCCCGUUUCCUAGCUACCUGAUGGCAAUUCUGGAACAUUGGCACGAAGAGAAGGGGUACGAAUAUCCGAGGUGCAAAGUCAGCGGACGUCUGGGAUCGAUGGUCUGGAAAGUGUUUGAUCGGAAAGGCAAUGAGCUCGAGCUGACAUGGUACCUCGUCACUAAACCGCGCAAGUACUGUGUGCUGGUGCUACAUGAGGCGAAUGGCACAGCGAGAUUCGUCUAUUGUGAUCCGCCUCAUCGCACUGUUCAUGGCACAUACCUUAGGCCAUGGUCUGGCGUCGAUGAGAAAGAGGAGCUAGAACACUGCGCAGUCCGAGUGUUUAGCAGCGACUUGGAGGAAAUUGAAUACUCUUCGGAAGCCUGGGAACAUUUAAAGGAGCUCCAGGAUUCUUCAGGCGAGGAUGUUAGCAGAUCUCCUUCGGUCACCCGUCGCAAGUCCCCAAAAGAUAAGAUAGUCACAAGGGAAUUGGUGAAAGCAGGUUGCUCAAAAAGAUACUCUAUGAGAGGUCGCGCUCAUCAGAGCGAAGAGCAUACGGAAGCGGACUCGUCAUCUUCAUCGGAAGCAGGCUCAUCAUCUGAAGAAGAGAAGUACGUGCCCUCGCCACCACACAAGCGGCACAAAACUACCGACACCAGCAAUACAAGCAACACCACUGAGCCUAUGAAGCCUAGCAAGGUUGUAUUUCGCCUCGGGUCCCAGAGAGUUAUCGGUGCGAUACGCUAUAUUCCACUAGAUGAAUGUAGGUCGAGGAAGGAGCUAUUUGAUAAAGCCACGGCAUUUUAUCAAGCUUGCGAUAGAGACGCUCAGGUCAAGAUACUGGCAUGUCAGAUCUCGACACAGCGUGAACAACACUACCUGUUCGAGGACAGUGAUGGAGAGUUUCGCCUUCUAGUUGAGCAGGCGCUGGGCUUGGUGGACAACUUGGACCGGAUUGUGAUUGACGUUCUGCACGUGUUACAAGCAUGA